AUGACGGUGCAGUACCAGGGGUUGGAUUGCAUAGCGGACAAGUCGAGGCAACAGUACAUGGCGUUCAAAGUUGCGUCGCAGCAGGAGAUACCGUGGGCUUCGCAAGCAAACUAUGCGAAAUACACCGUUUAUUUCGGGGUAGUCGUCAUCUUUCUUGCCUUGCUCAAGCAGUUGUACUACAGGUUCCGGGACUACACUUACAGGUCUUCCCUUGAAGCGUCCGCCACUGGCGGCACCAACGCCGUCAAUUCGCUCGUUGAUGUUGUCAUCUCCUAUGGGAGGUAUGUGGGCUACAAGCCCACCUCCCCCACGUUGAGGUUCUACUUGUCUUUCCCUGCCACCUGGGGGUCGACGUUGUUCAUGGGGGUGUCGUCGUUUUACCUCCUUUGUUACUGCUUCAUUCCUCACUUCUGGUAUCGUGGCUGUGCCGGCUUUGGUUCGCCGCCAUUGGCGGUGCGUGCGGGAAUGAUGAGCACGGCGUUGAUGCCCUUUAUCUACGUUCUCGCUGGAAAGUCCAACAUGAUCACCUUGUUAACGGGCAUCAGCUAUGAGAAGUUAAACGCCUACCACCAGUUUGUCGGAGUAGCUGCGUUUGUCUUGAGUAUAGUGCAUGCUGUCCCCUUUGUUUACCAGGACUUGCAAGAAGGUGGCUCAUCGGUGCUCCACCAUAACUUCACAACUGACUUCUACUAUAUCAGCGGCAUCCCACCUUUGAUUUUGUUGGGCUUACUUUGCAUCUUGUCGAAAGCUUGGAUCCGCAAACGCUUGUAUGAAUUUUUCUUGCAUUUGCAUUGGAUGAUGGGCAUUGCACUAGUGGGAACUUUGAUCUGGCACAUAGACUAUGCCUUGGGCGCUCAAAACUACAUGUGGGGAGCCAUUGCGUUUUGGGGCACCCAGAUCAUUUACAGAUUACUCACCAAGACAGCAUUUAGACCAAACGCCAUGUUUUUGAAGUCUCGCGUUGCUCAUUUGCAAAAAUUGGACGAAAAUGUCUAUCGCAUCGACGUGCCAGAGGCAAAAGACUACAACUGGAAACCGGGUCAACACUGCUUUUUGAGAUUCAAGGGCUGGCGUGUGUUGGAUAGCCAUCCAUUUUCAAUUUCUUCUGCUAGUAAUAACGGAAACGGGAUGAAGUUUAUCGUGGUGCCGCAACGUGGCCUAACCGGGUCCCACUACAGGGAAUUGGACAAGAUGGUUGAGAUAAACAAAAAAGUAUACAUUGAUGGUGCCUACGGUGGCACGUUUCGUGAUCCAACUAAAUUUGACAAAAUUGUGUUGGUGGCUUCAGGCUCGGGAGUCACGGCUACAUUGCCAUUUUUGUCGUAUCUUGCUUCCCAUGGCGGCGACAAUAUCAAAUGCUUAAACUUCAUCUGGGUAAUUAGACAAACCCAGCAUCAUAACUGGAUUAGACAAGAACUCGACCGGUGCCAACAGUUAUUGGGCUCAAAAUUACAAAUCGAUAUCCGUGCUUGCCACAAUGCCACUUAUCCAGCUUCUGCAUCCGCGUCCGAUUUGGAAAAACAAGUUGACGCGAAACCAUGUGGUGGAUGCAGCACCGAGCUUGAACAGAAAUUUGAAAGACCCAACAUCACCAAAAUUUUGUAUAGCAUGGCGUCCAGCUUCUCACGAAGAAACAUGGUUAUAUGUUCAGGGAGCGACUCCAUGAAACGGGAAGUGAGCAACGCGGUGUCAAACUUACAAACUUUGGUUUUUAAUAAUGAUUUCAGAAAUACAAAUGUCGAGGAAAUUUAUCUCCACACGGAAAGUUUUGGUUGGUGA